ACAAACCCCGAGGUGCCUUAUUGCUAUUAUAAACUGGUUACCAAUGUAAUUAGAGCAGUAAGAAUACAUGUUAUAUGAUACCAGUGUCAGCCAAUCAGCAUUCAAGGCUCAAACCACCCAGUAUAUAAUGUGUAACAUCUAUUCUAAUGCUUAUCAGUGACGGUGAAUCUGACAGACAUUACCUCAUGACUGAUGAACAAAAGAUUUGUGUCAUACCUCGUGACAGAGUACUUCAGUCUGUUGGUUGUCCUUGACAUGCGAGGCACAAACACAUGACACCCCUGUACUACUCAUGUUGAUGUGGCCAUAAUCUGAUAAACACAACUCGUGUAUAUAAAAAUAUAUUCACUGGAAAGUACAUUUCACUAAAAUACUCAAAGGAAAGGACGAGGGUGAGUUCCUUACCGUAAUGAACUACACUCCAAAGACAAAAUUAUCUUCUGAGUGAAUCUUUGAAAACAGAUUGUGUGUGUUGAUGUUUCUGCAACUCUUUAGAAACCAUCUGUAGUGUAUAUCCUUUAUGUAUUUUGUGACGGUAUAUAUGACUUGCUGUUGUAUACAUUUCAGCUAUGGGAAUAUGCAUGAUAGUGGCCAGUUGUGCCAAAUGCCUAUACUGUAUUUUUCCAACUAAGCCUUUAUGAUUAAAAUUCCAUAGUCAUAUCCCACCAUUUUGCCCAAAAACUAAUCCAGGGAGUCCUUCCCCAGUGCUUCCUCUUUAAAGAUAUAAACUGCCAAAUGUAUCACCAGCUUCACAGAUUGGCAGGCACAGCGCUUCCAUCUGCAUUUUAAAAGCCUUGGAUGCUAGCUGGGUUUAUUUUAUGACCACGACCAGUGCUGGAACUGAACCCAAGUAUUAAAUCUUCUGCCUAGGGAAUGGUCGAUUCUGCCUGGGCCUCUCUGGCCAGACAUUCACAGUGUUGAAUUAUGGGUACCUGUAUGACAUCUCAUUUCAACCCAAGACAAGGGUGAUAAGAUCUCCUGCACAAGGAAGCAAUAAUGUUCCCUGGUCUAUAUUAUUGGCAAUUAACCACACACACAUACACAAUGCAACACACACACACAUAGCCAGGCAUACCUUACUUACACACACACUUUGAAAGCUCACUGUAGAAUAAUACUUUCUUUGAGCAAUGUAGCCCACUCCAUCGGGCAAUUAACAUUACCAAUUUGGUUCAACCUUGUCAAAAUAGACUAGAGAGAUGUCACAUGACCAUAAUGACAACAUUCAAGUGAGUAAAAUUGAGACUUUAAAGACAUUCUAUGUAGGCUGGUUUUGAAUAGUGCACUAAUAAACUCACUCACUGUUUUGCACCAUGAUCCAGUCAGUGUGAGUGUUGCCAUAGGCUAAAUCUAUGAGUGGAUUAUAGAGCACUUGUUUUGUGCCGACACGACCUCUGUUGACCACUGUAGUGGUCACUGUAGGCAUGGACUCAGAGGGCUCUGCACCCUCAUCUCUCGAGCGCCUACCUUUCAACAAUGUCGCGCUGAAAAAACUUCCACUUGACUCCUCCGAAGAACCAGGGUCACGAACGGUGAGCGGAGCAUGCUUCUCCCGCGUCCAGCCACAACCUCUUGUCAACCCCACUUUCGUGGCAGUAUCCGGACCAGCACUCGCUCUGCUUGGACUAGAUGAGGAGGAAAUAUUUCACGACUUGCUUGGUCCAGAAUAUUUGAGCGGUUCUAAAGUUUUACCGGGCUCGGAGCCGGCUGCGCAUUGUUACUGCGGUCAUCAGUUUGGACUAUUUGCUGGACAGCUGGGUGAUGGGGCGGUGUGUUACCUUGGCGAGGUGGAAGCACCUGCGGGCCAAAUCGGUUCCAUGCAGCGUGACAACCCAUGUGGGCGAUGGGAAAUACAGGUGAAGGGUGCAGGUGUCACACCUUACUCCAGAGAGUCAGACGGACGGAAGGUCCUUCGUUCCAGCAUCCGGGAGUUCCUGUGCAGCGAGGCCAUGGCCGCUCUGGGCAUCCCCACCACCCGUGCCGCCUCUCUGGUGACAUCGGACCUCUAUGUCAACAGAGACCCCCUCAACAAUGGCCGGCGCCGCCCGGAGAGGUGUUCGGUGGUCCUGCGCAUCGCCCCCUCCUUCAUCAGGUUCGGGUCCUUUGAGAUCUUUCGGUCUCGGGAUGAGUUUUCAGGCCGACAGGGUCCCAGUCCAGGGCGCCACGACAUUCGGGCUCAGCUAGUGGACUACGUCAUCGACACCUUUUACCCUGACAUCCAACGAAGCCACGGCAACCGCAAAGAGAGGAACACAGCAUUUUUCAAAGAGGUGACAGUGCGGACUGCUCGUCUGGUGGCCCAGUGGCAAUGUGUUGGCUUCUGUCAUGGUGUCCUCAACACAGACAACAUGAGCAUAUUGGGACUUACUGUGGAUUAUGGCCCCUUUGGCUUCAUAGACAGAUUCGACCCAGAGUUUGUGUGCAACGCGUCGGACCGGAGGGGGCGCUACUCAUACCAAGCCCAGCCGUCCGUGUGCCGUUGGAACCUGGCUCGUCUGGCUGAGGCCCUGGGCUCUGAGCUCCAGGCAUCUCAGGCAGGGGCCAUCCUUGAUGAGUUCAUGCCCCUCUAUGAGACCCUCUACCUGGCCAACAUGAGGAGGAAGCUGGGCCUACUGAGGCGGAAGGAACCGGAGGACCAGGAGCUUGUCUCUGAGCUGCUGCGGCUCAUGCACAACACAGGAGCAGACUUCACCAACACCUUCCGCUUGCUGAGUGGCGUGUCCUGCCCUGUGGCGGGGGAGGGGAAGGGGGCCACGGGGGGCCCAGUAGUGGACCUCAUCCUGGAGCAGUGUGUCUCCCUGGAGGAGCUUAAGCGAUUUGGAGAAAAUUCAUACAAGGAUAAUCUUGAGCUGGCUAUGGCCCUCUCUAUGGCCCAGACCAACCCAGCCAUGUUUGGCCUGGUGGCAGACCGACCAGAGGUGGCCCAUCAGCUGGAGAAGAUGGGCAGGCUGAAGGAGCUGCUGAGCACCAAUCAGGACGAGCUGAGGGCAAAGCAGAGAGAGGAUUGGCUACUCUGGAUCAGUCAGUACAGGAAGCGGUUGGUGAAGGAGUGUGAUGGAGCGAGGGAGGUGUGUACCAUAGAGGAAGAGAGGAUCCGUGUAAUGGACAGCACCAACCCACGCGUGGUGCUCCGCAACUACAUUGCCCAGAAUGCAAUACAGGCUGCUGAAAAUGGAGACUUCUCAGAGGUCCGCAGAGUUCUAAAAGUUCUAGAGAACCCCUACUCUGCCCAUCCUGAGUCAAAACUACCUGGUGGGCCUAAAACAUUUGGUGAGAGGGACCAGAAAGGGAUGGAGAAAGACAAAGAGGGAAGGAAGGACGAGGGGAGGACAGAUGGAAACCAAAAUUGUGUCCCAUAUGACAGCAAGCCUCCUGUGUGGGCACGAGAGAUCUGUGUCACCUGAUCGUCAUAGUGCCUCCCUGACCCCAAAACUCAACUGACAGUGGAGAAAGAUGUAGAUGGUGUUCCUCAGGGCACUGUUCUAGGUCCAUUCCGCUUUUCAAUGAUGGAACCCUCCUCUUUGUUCUGAGUCAGUUGGGUUAAUGUCAAGGGAGGUAGUUCAGGGUGUAUACUUCAGAGUGCUCCUGGAUGUCAAUCAGUGGAAUAAACUGAUGGUGAAUGAAGACUCAGGUAAUCAGUCAGUGACCUGUCUGUGUUGGAGAGACCAGGAGCACCCUGACUGUGUGUCUAUGCGCACACACACACACACACACACACACACACACACACACACACACACUUGACUUUUGCAUGUAUUUAGAUUAUUUCACACACACCAUGUAGUGUAUGCAUGAUUGAAGAGAUAUAAUCAAACUCAUACAUUCAGAAACAAUCAUUGAUCAUCUUACUAACACCCACAAAAUGGUCUUCAUCUUAGAACAGUGGUUAAAAACAGUAUCUAUACACAAUCUCUUGAAUCCAUUAAAAAAAAGGUAUAUCUUAAUAAUACAUCUUAAUACAAGAGGCAAGGUUUCACACAAUGUUAUGUUCAUGUGUAUUAUGUGAUGUGUUGAAAGUGGGAAAAAAUGCUUUAAAAUUAGUUUGUUCUGAACUUCGAUGUGCAUUUAAAAAAUAUGUAUACAAAUGUUUAUGUACAGCAGGUUUGGAAUUGCUUAUUGAUAACUUGCUGUACCAUGUUGCUCUGUCAAAACAGCCAACAUUUUAAUAAACCUAUUACUACUUUAUA